GUUAGCAACUGGUUUAGGAAUACGCGUUUUUCAACAAGCAAAACAAUGUCUUCAAAGGAAGAUGUUGAGAAGUUAAGAACAUGUAAGGAACGUGAAGGUGAGACAUCUGUUGCUGGAAGUAGCAAACAAACCGAACCAGUCACAGAGAAUAAGAGUGGAGCAUCGGAGUCAACUAGUAGUGGAUCAAGAAAAAGAAGGAGAAGAAGGUAAGUGGGAAAUGAAGAAGGUGCUGAGAGUAUACGGCGGCGUUUUGAGGCUAGUGCGGCUUUUGCCGGCGGACACAAGGCCAUACUACGCCAAGUACGCGAGGGAGAAUUUCGUUAACUACCGUGACGUCGACGUAAGCGAAACACCCCUUGAUGAACUCUUCCAACGAGCUUAUAAUCACUCACUAUGGGUACUCAAGAAGUAUUCAAUCGACGAAUCUGCGGCCAAGAAGUUGAAAGAGAUUUGUUUUGAAUGAUCACGCACACCAUCUGUUCGACGUUAUUCCCAUGAGAGAUUUCGACAAGUUUUUUUCCUAAGGCUUCAAUGAUUUGUUAAAUGGGUACCAUCAAGUAUACUACUUUUGAUCUUAGUCUCAUAGCUGUAUCAAGAACAGAGGUUGCUCAUGUGUCUUUUUCUUUCCUUUUGUUUCUCUUGACUUUUGCUGCAGGCAUUUGUUGACUGCUCAAUCAGUCAUGUCUUGUUUGAGUAGUUUCUUGUUUGUUUGCUUCAUCCUCAAUAAAUUGAUAUAAUUUUACAUUCUUA